AUGCUUUUGCCGCAGCUCCUUGAAGCGUGGAAUUGCCAAGUCUUGAGGCCGCCCCAGGCCUUGACAAUUCCAAGAAACAAUGCUCACUUUUUUAAGGGAUUUCUUGAUGAUCAAUUCACUGAAUUGAAAAAGCUGCAAGAUGAAUGUAGUCCUGAUUUUGUAGCUGAGGUUGUUUCUCUGUUCUUUGAAGACUGUGAGAAACUUAUCAGUAACAUGGCCAGAGCUUUAGAUCAGUCUGCAGGAAAUGUAGAUUUCAAUCUGGUAGGUUCUAGUAUUCAUCAACUCAAAGGUAGUAGCUCAAGUGUUGGUGCCAAGAGAGUCAAAGGUCUUUGUGUUAUUUUCAAGGAGUGUUGCGACUCUCAAAACUAUGAAGCGUGUGUGAGAUGUUUGCAGCAGGUGGAUAUUGAGUAUAAGUCGUUAAAGGCAAAGCUUCAAGAUUUGUUUAGCCUUGAGCAACAGAUUGUCCAAGCUGGUGGUAUAAUCCCUCAGGUGGAUAUAUAA